AUGACGAGCAGAAACUACGCCACCUACGAUGCAUUCUCCACGUUCGAGAUGCUCAAUAAAGUCAUUAAAGAGUCCGGUGACUCUGAGAAACAGAUACUCACCAAGCUCAAGGCUAUCAAAGAGGAGAUGAAGAGAGUGUCAAACUUGCCGAGUGAAGUCGCUGUCAAGCCGGUCACCAGCAUACUGAUUGUGCCAUCAGUCGAGCUCGUUCAACAGACGAAUGCCACAAAGCUCAUCAAGAAGCUAGAUCAAACCUUCACACAUCAGAGUAUUGGCGAACAUCUCAAGCACGUUAUUCGCAUAAACACCGACCGACACCUACAGGGAAAAUUCGCUGGUAACUACGAUAUAUUGUGCGGAUACGGAACUGUCGAAAAGACCAGAAGCGUUAGGAGUCUCGACGCAAGCAUGCUUCGAAACAUUCACGGAGCUAUCAAUACAGCCAAAGCAGCAGUCGCAGGUUUUGAUGAAGACCCAUCGGGAUGGAUCUUGCGGGAAGAUAUCCAUAUACUGCUGCAGCAUUUGAAGUUCGAAGAAGGCGAAAGGGAACGGCUUCAGAAAGACUUGACGGAUGCCUGGAUGAGAGCACGGAGAGCGCAGGCGGCCCUGAGUGGCUUAGAUCAAAUGUUUGGCGAACUAUACGGGGACAAGUGGAAAAAUGAUGAAGAUGCAGCUGAGUGCGACUAG